GGCAAGCCCGCUAUUACGAGUCAACCGUGUUGGUCUCUUUCACAACUUUGACUUUCUUUCCAUAAUAAUAUACUCUUUUUUUUUUCGAAAUGAGGCUCUCAAAACUCGCCACCAUUUCAUGCCAGCUCCUCCUAGCCGCAUCACUGCCAAUCUCAACCACCGAAAUAGCCUCCCGAAGCAACGGUAUCGCAAAAGCCUCGGCGGAUUCUAGUCUCGCAGCACGAAGCCUCACUCAAGGAGCAGCGAUAACCCUAUCAAAAUCCACUGAGAAAGAAGCUGCUGCAGGUGAAGCAGGCGCGGCGGAAGGAGCAGCCGGAGGUGCGGAAGGCGGCGCUGCCGGCGGCGGCAAGGAGGCGAAAGAUCCCAACGAGAAGGAGAUUGAGGGACAAUUCAUCGUGCCUGUGCGGUUAGGCGGCGCGAAUGUCAAGCAAGAUGUUCUCUUUCCUCCAGCAGUAAGUUUCAGACUCUCACUCUCACUGAAGUCGACUGUAAAGACAUGUGCCUAAUGAUUCCUUGCAGAAGAAUGGACGUUUCGAGGUCGAGUUCCAAAACGCAGUCGGCCGAACCCUCACCGUGACAGAAAACAGGUCUCCUGCGCCGCCUCCCGCGGGGUUCACCGCCAUCGAGGCGGUUUCGUACAAAGUCAGCCUCGCAGAAGGCGCACAGGGCGUGACUCUCUCGAAGAUUGACUACAUUCUCAACCCAGGAAAUGCAGAUACC